AUGUCGCACCCCGCCAGAGCCAUCGUCUGUUACGAUACCCAUGACAAUGGCGGAUGGAAACUGGAAGACGUCACUGUGCGAGGGCCGGGUGAGGGCGAGUUGCUGGUGGAAAUGGCGGCCAGCGGCAUCUGUCACACCGAUGCUCUCAUAGGUGGCACCCCCGGCGGUGCCACGCCGAUUGCAUUCUACCCUCGCAUCCUCGGCCACGAAGGCUCCGGCUACGUCAAGGAGGUCGGCCCAGGCGUGACGGUUGCGGCCGUGGGCGACCCCGUCCUGCUCUCCUUCGCCUUCUGCAACAAGUGCGAGAUUUGCAAGGCCGGCCGUGUGUCUCACUGUAACAAAUUCACCGAAGACAACUUCGGCGGCCCUUACAACGUCUUCAAAGUCGGCGACAAGGACAUCAGCGGGCAGUUCUUCGGCCAGUCCUCCUUCGCCAGUCUCUCGGUCGUGAAGGAAUGCUCCGUCGUCAAUGCCAAGGGCCUCGUCGCCGACAAGAAGGAGCUUCAACUGUUCGCGCCAUUGGGCUGUGGCAUCCAGACUGGCAGUGGAACCGUCAUCAACGCCGCCGAGGCUGGCCCCGAGGAUGUGGUUUUGGUAAUGGGCCUGGGCGGCGUCGGGCUGAGUGCCAUCAUGGGCGCCAAGAUUGCCGGAUGCCGCAAGAUUGUCGGCCUCGACAGGAUCAAGAGCCGCUUGGAGUUCGCAAAGCAGCUCGGCGCCACGGAUGUGAUCAAUGGCGCGGAGCUGCCCGAAGGCAAGGACCUCGCCGAGGCGCUCAAGGAGGUUUGCGACGGCGAAGGACCUUCCAUCUGUAUCGACACCAGCGGCGCACCCCCCUUGAUCAAGGCCGGCUUCGCCUCCGUUCGCAAUCGAGGCAAAUAUGUCCAGGUCGGCUCGGCGCCAUUCGACUUCAGCCUCGAACUCAACCUCGUCCAAUUCAUGCUAGAGGGCAAGCAAAUCUUUGGCGCCAUCGAGGGCCAUGCGUACCCGCCAGAGUUCGUGCCGAAGAUGAUCAAGUGGUACAAGGAAGGCAAGUUCCCUGUGGACAAGCUGAUGAAGUUCAUCAAGGCGGAGGAUUUUGAGCAAGGGCUGAAGGAGAUGCACGACGGCACCACCAUCAAGCCCAUCAUGUGUUGGUCGUGA